UCUCCUCCGGCGACCUCCACCACGCCCUCUCCAUCUUCGUCCACCUCCACAACCCCCCUCUCCACCUCCACAAUUCCAUGCUCUGAGCCUUCUCCACCUCCCAACAUCUCUAUACCACCCUAUCUUUAUACAAACACUUCACCUUCUCGUUUGCGCUCAAGAUGUAUGCUGAAAUGCCUGACCGAACAACAGGGCGUUGUAUCCACUCGCGCGUUGUCAAAACCGGGUGCCAGCUCGAUGCUUAUGUGAUCGCCACUCUGAUUCGCAUGUACGCUUGUUGUGGUGACGUCGAGUGCGCGAGGUCUUUGUAUAAUGCCGAGAAAGAUCCGAACGUCGUCGCGUGGACAACGGAAUGAGAUCACGAUGGUGCGCGCACGCUCGGGAUUUAGAGACUGGUAGAUGGGUUCACGCUCGCUCGGACGCUUGGAACGGCGCUUGUGGACAUGUAUGCGCGGCAUGCCACGACCUCCAAAACCAUGGGAGAAGGCAGGAAGCUCAUCUAGUGCUACUACUCCUUUCAAGCCAUGGGCAAUAGCAAGCUCAGAUGGUCCUGCACCUUUCAAAGCCAUCAGCAAGGCCUCGAGAUAUUGUUUCUAGGAACUUUUCUGUAAAUAGAAGCACUGUUGAGAGACCUUUACCUCUUAGACCAUGGGAACAAAAUCAUGGGAACAAUCAUCGAGGUUAUGGUGCUGUAAAUAAUGGAUUUGGAGUGAAUCAUGGUAGAAUUUUCAACAACUUUUUUAACAAUCAAAAUAAUAGGUUGAUGGGCACGACGGUUCCAAAUGGUAAUUGGCCAUUACCACCAGGCAGCCAGAAACCUUUUAUUGAGAUGUUGUCUGAUUUGUCAAACUUCUUUGGUCGGACAUCAGGUGCUAUUGAUCAGAGCAGCAGAUCACUAAACACUCUAUUGGAAGCAAUCCACGACUUAUGCCGAGUUGCUGCAUUUCUACGUGCUGAACUUGCAAACUCUUGCUCUUGGAUACAGCUCUUUAUAAAAAAGUAUUGGAUUAACCGUCUAAUUAAGUGCAAAGAGCUUUCUGGUCUCUCUAGUGACAGAGUGAUGAAAUACAUCGAAGGCCCGAAAGACACUAAUGGUUCAUGGAAUGUCGUCUGGAGUGAGCAACAAAAACAACCUGCUGAAAAAGAUCGACAAGCUCAAUGAAUGUCGAAUUAUGUCUGUGUGACAUAGUAUUGUGUUUUGAAUGUUCAACAAUGUAUAGGAACAAGACCAGCUCUUUCAGAAAUCAUCUAGUUUGAUUAGAAUCAAAGAGACAUGAUGUAUUACCAAACUAGUAUUUGGCUUUAUGUAAUGUUCUUGUGCAUUGUUUUUACCUUAUUUUUCAGUGAUGAUUACU